CAAUGCUGGAUCAACAAAGUAAAAUUAAUGUUGAAUUCAAACCAUCCAAAAGGAUGAAAAAGCGUCGGGAACUCGAUGCUCUUGUUGGCAACGGCAAAACACGGCGGAAAUCUAAAAGCGGUCAUGAGCUCCUGCGUUCUGACAGCGAAUCGUCCGAGAUAGACGAAUUCAGUCUUUCGGCUCAAAAAUCUUUCAUGCGGAAUAAAGGACAUGGUUCAGCAGGAUGCUCAUGCGUAACAGUUUUCGGCAUCUUCCUGGUUGGCACUUGCCUUUUAGCAUGUGUGGCUCUGUUAUGGAUGCACUUUCAAAUGAAACAAGACCUUGAUGAAAUGAGAGACAAAAUCUCCUCAGUGGAAUCAAGAAACCAGAAUGGUUUGGGAGAUUAUCAAGAUUUACGAAACAAAGUUCAGACUGUCAACCAAACAAUCCAAGGGAUCAAGGCUGGCGGUGAUGUGCAAACAGAGCGCAUGAAACAGACACUGACUAACAUUACGUAUAAGAUCCACCAGUUGUCCAUGACUACUGAAUCCUUACAAGAUGGAUUGAAAGCAGCUCCAGAAAUAAAGCAGAUAGCAGCCAAAGUUCCUGUGGUAGUAUCUACUGCAGCAAAGCUGGGAGUGAGUGUCAAAUCAAUGCAAACAACAAUUGAUGAACUGUUAGAUUUUAAGAAAAAAACAGAGACUGAGCUGGAUGCUUUGAUGGAUAAGACUAGUACACCAACCACUUCAUCAGGGGAUUCUUCAAGCAUGAAUAUGAAUUUUCAGCAAGAUACACUGGAUAAAUUUAAUGCUAUGACCCAGACAUUGGCAGCUGUAAACAGUUCCUUGUGGAGCAAGAUAGACAUUUGGCAGCAGGAUUUUUCACAGAGACAGGCCAAAUAUAUUGAGAAUGCUACCAAUUUCCUUAAGAUGAAGAUGCAGAAGACAAGUGAUACUGAUUUGGCUCUUAGUGGAUCCACUUCACCCCCAGGGGGCAGAGAAGGGGGCGAUGGUGAACACAUGACUGCAGAGUUAACAGAUGCAAUGGAAGCUGAAGUCAAUGAUAUUGUCCAUCAGAUGGUAUUGGAUAUGGAUCUGAUGAACAGAACUGAAGCAGAUUCUAAAGCAUUGGACUCGCUACUCACAAAAAUGGACAAUGUCACAGCCAUUGUACAGACAUUGAGAGACCAGUUUAAUAAGGUGCAGAAAGAUCAUGUGUCUCUAGGAAAGUCAGAUGAGACCGAUGUUGAACAGGCAGACCAAAUGAAUGAACUAAAACAGGAUGUGAAUACACAGAUACAGGAUCUCAACAAGACUGUUCAAGGUUUAUUACAUGAUUUUGGUGCCGUGUCCAAACACUACCUGACCAUGUACUCUAAUCAAGUGAAAGUCAUGGCUACUGUGGAGGGCCUGAAGAACUACUUGGGAGGGAUGGAGAAGAAACUUAACCAGAUUUCUGAAGAAGACCAUUCAGGCAUUCCGCCCCCACCACCACCUCCACCACACUUUCCUGUGGUGAAGAUUCCAGGUAUCAACAGUUUAUCAGAUCUGAAGACAAGCUUCAGUCGCUGGGACAAAGAUGGUAAUGAGCUAGUAUCAAGGCAAGAUAUGGAUGGAUUCAUGCCAGAGGUUCCUUCUGAGGAACUGCUCAAACCUUAUGAUAUUGAUAAUGAUGGACUCUACAGUCUUGAUGAAAUGAUUGCAGCCUUUGGUUAUACUGAGAUGGAGGCACCACAACCAACUGAGGAGUCUAAUUCUCAACAGUGAGUGACUUCACUGAAGGCGUAACAUUUGUCUGUGAUAUUCUUGGUCUGCUUGUGUAGCAGACUCCACAUAGAGGUUCAUCUCUGCUGGCAAGGUGUUGGACCUCGUUGUUUCAGUUGUUGUGCCAAACAUUACCUUGGUGAUAUCCCAUCAGGCCACAGCGAGGAAACAAACUGGUGUAUAUAUCGGGGAUUAUAGCGAAUACUCUUUUCAUCAUUUUUCAGUUCAGAAAAAUUAAAAAUAUUGGUUGAUAAAGUGCAUUUAGGUCAAACAUAGCUAGGAAAUUCCAGGCUCAGAUAUAUUAGAAUAUCUGAAUGUCAAGAUAUUUUCUUGAUAGUUAAAACUUUCAGUGCUGUAAACACAAAUGCAUAUUUUAACAUUUUGUUACCAUAAUAGAAGUAUGUUUCACCCAAGAAAGAAUAAGUCCUGUGUAAAGUAUAUCAGCUUUUUUAUACAGUGAUAUUUGUUUUUUUAGAUGUUAAGCAUGAAAUAAGGAAGCUUUUCAUCAGAUUCUGUAUUUACUCAGGUCUCAAUAACCUAGGCUUAUUGCAAGGAGGUUUCACUGACUUUUUCUUUGAAUAAAAGACAGAACAUUAUCAAACCAGUGAUUAAAAGACAGAACAUCAUCAAACCAGUGGUCCUUUGUCCCUAUCCAAGCAGACUCCAUAAUCCUACUCAUCAUUACAAGUAAAUUAAGUAAAAACAUAAAAAUUUAUUUGUAUAUUCUAUGUCCUUACCAGGUAUCUUCUACUUUCAUUUUGAAUAUGUAUGUAUAAGAACAACAUUCCAGUCAUCCUUUGUACCAAGAAAUUUUUUGAUCCCAAAUUUGCGAGAAAUGUUUUGAUAUGUGCUACCUUAUUGAACAAUUAUAAUCCAUGUUUUUUUGAGGUUUUUUUUGUCUGUCCGUUUUCGUAUGUAUUUUCUUCCAUCAUUUGAUCUUGGAAUCAUGUGGAUUUCCAGGAUUAAAAUGUGCUAUUAAUGAAUCCUUGAUGAAAAAAAAAGACAUACUAGAUAUGAAAUCAGUCUUUAAUCUGAUAGCAACUCCUUCGUUGUCUAUUGUUGGGUUAUUAUUGUAUGCAACAUGUACUACAAGCAGUUCCAGUCUGGUGAUCCUUUAGGAAUCUUACCAAGUUUGAUUCCUCAACAAAAACAACGAAAUGAUAAAAAAAAAAGCAGUCCGGCAUUAUAACUACCCUUAUCUCACAGACACUGGUAGUAAGGAAUAUUGAUAAACCAAUAUAUUUUUCAUCCUCAAUGAGUGAAGAAAGUAAUUAAAUUUAUUAAGUUUAUUACAUACCAGCACGUCAACACUCGAAUGGUCACAAUACAGUGAAAUUUUGUCAUCCUCUACCCUCACCUCACUCAUUUCACUGGCACUGGUCGUGAAUAUAUCGGAAUCCACUUUUGUGCCCAGUGUCAUAAGAUGUGUGAAGCUAGGUCAAAUGGUUUAAUGAUAAUUCUGAUCAUUUAAAGAUUGGCCAGUCUUGUGGUAUAUUUAGUGUCAGCUCAAUGACCUGGAAAUGAUGGACGUAUAUUUAUAUAUCAUUUAACUAGAGAAACUAAAGCAAUAAAUAUAUAGAGUGAUAUUUCUGUCCUAGGAGAAAGUGUUGUUUACUUGAGAUUCCCUAAAUCAUGAUAUUGUUGGUGUGAGAAAUUUUAACAUGCUUACAAGCAACUGUAUAUUGCUUAUUUUCAUCAAAUUGGUAUUGUACGUAAGGCAUAGUAUAGUGUUUAAUCACUCAUUUUAUGUGUGUUCAAUUAGGCUCCAGGUAUGGCACAUAUCCUAUGUCGUGGUUCCAUAUACAAAGUGUAUGUCGCCUAUUAUGUGACUCGCUGAGCACUGAUAAUGUUAAUUUUGUUUAAGUACAGUCUCUUCGUGCCCUAUAUAAAAAAAUCCAAAUCCUUAUUCUCCCUUUGAAAUUUUUCAUUAAAAUAUAAUUGAUGAAGAAAUUUGGACGUUUAAUCUGAAAGUUUCUGUUUGAACGUUCUUGAUCUGCCUAUAUAAGUAGUAAACCAAGUUGUGAUACUUGACUGUAAUCUGACAAAUAAUUUAUGUUUUCAAUGCAUGAGUGUGAGUGUUGCAAGAGGCAAAAUGUAUCAAAGUCCAUGUAAUGUAAGAGUAUAAUGAUAAUUCAGUGAUGUGAGUAUAUGGUUGCGUACUAGUAAAUUGUUGCUGUUAUGUUAGACUAUUAAAGGCUUAGUACUUAGUCAUUAUUAUGCAAGUUAUCAACUUGUAUUUGUUAAUGGUGUAUAGAGAGGUGUGAUAUUUGUGCACAUGUAGAUCUUAUGUAACCCAAGCCAAACGUUAUAUCAAUAUUCAAACAGAAAUUAGUUAUUUAUUACACAGAGUGGUUACAUAGGUGAAGUAGAUGACAGUGUUUGUUGCCAGAUCUAGGGAGUAACUUCUCACAAACACCAGUGCAAAGGUUUGCUAAACCUAGAUUUAUCUUCCUUAUUCUUAAAAUAGUAAAAACUGCAGCCAAAGCAAAUAAGUAAAUCCGAGGAUUUUUAGAAACAUUGAAUCAAGUACACAAAUACUUGUGUACAGAAACCGUAGUAAGACUUUUGUAGAAUUUCCUGGUGCGUAACCGGAGUUGUACUAUUAACCCACCAUUUGAAGAUAAAGAGUAGCUACUGUAAUGUAAUGAGACUAGCAUAUGUAGAUAUCUUUGAUAAGGGAUGUUCAUGAUUAUUUGAAAAUCUAUAUCAUAUGUAUAUUGAUAUCAGCUUGUAUGUGUUGUAUGUACAAUGGUGUUAAUUUUUACGUUUUGUUGACACAUGAACAACAUGAUCAGUAUGCUGUAUUUCGGUGCAACUUUUACCAAGUUGUAUAUUUUUGCGAUUCGUAUUCUGGAAUCUGUCACCUUUACAGUCAUAAUGUUCAUUAAACUUUUCAUCAUACAGAUGGAAUGGAAUUUAUAUGUUAAGAUUAAAGUUGGCCGGUGUAAAUUUGUGAUAGAAAUUUUACAUUGCCUAUAUGAUGUACAAUCAGAAACGUACAGCACAGGUUUGUAGGACUGUAAAGUUGAUGUAUUCAUGUGUAAUCACUAACUAAAAUUGAUACGUUUAAUUUGAUUGAUUUUGAUUUUGCUAAUGAAUUUUGAUAUCUGGAUAUUGAAGCUGACAAUGUUACAUUGGCAAUACCAAUAUGUAUUACCUCAUAAUUUGAUCAGAGUUCAAUUACCAACAUUUUGUAUAGUGUGUUUGAAGUAUAUUCUGCCAUGUUUUUUUCUUAAAUAUCUGCAUACUAGACAAACAUUUUUUAAGGCAACAAAAAAAAAUCUGUUUUUUUUUAUUUUUGAAGUGCUUACCUUUUUUGUUUUUUUUUUUUUUUUUUUUUGACUUGCUGAGUGUAUUCAACUUACAUGUGUUGACAUGAAGUAGGGUUGGAUAUUUCCAGUAUGACACUAUUUCUGUAAUAUUUCCAAUCUACUUGUAGUUGAUGUAUGGUUUUAUCUAGUCACAACAUAUUUCUCAUUAUUGUUGAUCAUUGUUUUUGUAAAAUUUCUGGCAUCAAAGUCUUAUUUUAUGGGUUUAUUGAUAGAUCCUUACACUUCAGCCAUGGGACUCUUAAAUGUAGAUUCACAAACCCUCAAUAAACAACAUGUGUUGUCUGUAAUGACCCUGAUGUUGACCUAUGGAUUUAGUCCAUAAGUUAAUGUGAAAGGAUGGUCAAUAGAAUAUGGUUAACGAUGAUUAUUCCAAAAAUAUUGUAUAAACUACAGCCAGUCCUUGCUAUAUAUUCUGUAUAAACUAAGUAAAAAAUAUUCAAACUUUUUUUUAUAUUUCCAGAAUUUAGUUGUGUUAUUCAAGCCUCUCAAAUAUGUUUCAUUCAGAAUUUCAGAAUCAAUCAUAUAACCAGACAUUUGUUUUAGUACAGUUCCAUUCCUAACCGGUUCUGUUAUCAUUAUAUUGAGAACCAACAACUCACCUGAUCCUUAUCAUUGAAGUUUUGUCUGAAGCUGGUUCGUUUCGUUCAAAUUGAUAACUUAUCAAACAAACAUUUCGCGUUUGUCUACUGCUUCAUUUGUAUCAUUAAAUAGGACUUUGAUUGCUGUAAAUAGUUGAUUUAUCAUAUCAUGUGUUGUCCAUCAAUUUUAUCACAUUUAUCAUAUACAGUUAUUUAAGUACUAAAAGAAGACAUCUUUGUGACCUACUGAUAAGAGGUUAAAAGGAUGUAUGUAUGUGUGUGAACUGUAUGUCAGCUCUAUUGUACUGUUAGGUUGUCAUACAGUUGACUUCAUGGUGUGUAGCAUGAAUAUCUAAUUAUCAAAUUAUUUCUAUAUAGCCAGUACUUCUUUGUUUCUUACAUAUGCCUAUUUCUUAUCCUAACUGUUAUACAAGUGUCAGUAGAAAUUGUACACCGGUAAUGCCACUAUCAUCAUAUUGUGAAAUGUAUAUUAUG